GUCCUUUUUCUUUUCUUUUCUUUUUUUUUUCACCCACCCACACACAUCCCCUAUUCUUUUUUGUGAAGAAGGAAAAAAAAAGGAAAAAGAAAAAGCUCUUCCUGGACGGCCCAGCAUGGAUUACAGUUUCUAUUCUUCGUCUCAUCACCAUCAAACCUACCAGUUCUACGGGCUUCCAAACCCUCAACAUCCUCAGCUAGGUGCAACGAUCCCCGACCAGUUCCAGGAUGCCCAGCCAGUGCAGAACGAACAUUUCCAUGUGUUCCAACCUUACAAUUUCGACCCAACCGUUCAGAAUCAACAUCCCGCAGAUGUACUUCCUCCCGAGCCGUUUCCAGCUGACCUACUGGACCCGCCAAGCCACGAUUCAAGUGACAACAAAAUGACGGAUCUGUCUGCUGUGCAACCAUCGGGUACUACCGAGAAUAGCGACGAGCUAGCGGAGGUGGUACAGAAUAAUCAGAGCAGUAGUGAGGAGAAGGAUAACUUGACCCCAGCCCAGAGUCGUCGAAAGGCGCAGAAUAGAGCUGCUCAACGAGCGUUCCGUGAACGCAAAGAACGCCGCGUGCGUGACUUGGAGCAGGAGCUCAGCGAAUACAAGCAAAAUGUAAACACACUUCUCGAAGACAACGAGUGCCUGAAGCGCGAAAUCGCAAAGGUUGCUACAGAAAAUGAAAUUCUUCGGGCUACGUCCACCGCAAAUCGGUGCCCUGGGGUCGAUGCGCAUCAUGACCCACAGCCCAUCACUACUGGUCCUAUGAGAUACUCUCCGACCGACUACAGCAGCCCGGAGGGUGAUAACAGACCCAAGCCUAUCCAUCGGAUGAAAGUCAAUGGAGCGACGGGAGAGAAACUCCUUGAUGCAGCGGCCACGUGGGACCUCAUCGUGAGUCGCUUGGCGGACGUGGAUGUCAAGGUUGACGUGCAAGACAUUUAUAACCGGCUGAAAGGCCAUGCAAUAUGUGACGGGACGGGCCCCGUGCUCGAGGAGUCACGGGUCAGAAAGGCUAUUGAGGAGAGUAUCGCAUCAGGGACAGAUGAGCUGAUCUAGGUGAGGAGCUCCCUUAAUCGGGACUGUUCUGGAAUUAGAGAACCUCUGCUUCCCACCGUCUACGGUCGUUUUAAGACGAAGACCUGCGUUGCAAUGAAUAUUUUUAUACUGACAUAUUUCGGUAUUCUCCUGUUUUUUUGGAUGUGACACCUUUCUCCUAUUUCACCUAUGAUGAGUUGUUGGACUCCCGUGGCUCUUUUUGCGCUCUUCCCUCACUUGAUUGUUGAAAAAUGAAUUGUUUUGUUUAGCCUAGGCGCUGUUGGGUUGGACAUUUAUCUCCGUACUGGAUGUGAAAGCUUUUUUUUUUUUUUUUUUUAAGCUGUCUUCCUGUCUACACACGUAUAUAUACACAAAAUACCUACAUAUAUUCUGAUUGAGAUGAAUGGAUCUAUCUG